AUGCAAAAAGCGACCUACUACGACAGCGCGGCGAUCUACGGUGGCUACCCCUAUCAGGCAGCCAACGGCUUCGCGUAUAAUGGCAGCCAGCAGCCGUACCCGGCGUCGGCGACUCUGGGCGCCGACGGCGACUACCACCGACCCGCCUGCUCACUCCAAUCUCCCGCCAGCGCAGGGGGUCACCCCAAGGCGCACGAACUGAGCGAAGCAUGUCUGCGCACCCUAAAUGGCCCGCCCAACCAGCCCCCAGGUCUGGGCGAGCCACCCUUGCCCCCUCCGCCGCCCCAGGCCGCACCCCCUGCCCCGCAGCCCCCGCAGCCCCCGCCGCAGCCCCCCGCACCCGUUCCUGCCACGCCCCAGCCUCCCUCUUCGGUUUCCCCACCUCAGAAUGGCAGUAGCAACCCUGCGCCUGCCAGCACAGCCAAAAGCCCCCUGCUCAACUCGCCCACCGUGGCCAAACAAAUCUUCCCCUGGAUGAAAGAGUCACGGCAAAAUACAAAGCAGAAAACCAGCGGCUCCAGCUCAGGCGAGAGCUGUGCUGGUGAUAAGAGCCCUCCUGGUCAGGCAUCAUCCAAGCGGGCACGCACCGCAUACACGAGUGCUCAGCUCGUGGAGCUGGAGAAGGAGUUCCACUUCAACCGCUACCUGUGUCGGCCACGCCGUGUGGAGAUGGCCAACCUGCUGAACCUCACUGAGCGCCAGAUCAAGAUCUGGUUUCAGAACCGCCGUAUGAAAUACAAAAAGGAUCAGAAGGGCAAGGGCAUGCUGACAUCCUCAGGGGGCCAGUCCCCUAGUCGCAGCCCUGUGCCCCCAGGAGCUGGUGGCUAUCUGAACUCUAUGCAUUCGCUGGUGAACAGUGUCCCAUAUGAGCCUCAGUCACCCCCAUCCUUCUCCAAGCCUCCCCAAGGAGCCUACGGGUUGCCUCCAGCCUCCUACCCUGCACCUUUGUCCAGCUGUGCUCCCCCACCACCCCCACAGAAGCGCUACACAGGGGCAGGGGCAGGCAGCACCCCUGACUAUGACCCUCAUGCGCAUGGCCUACAAGGCAAUGGCAGCUAUGGGACCCCACACUUACAGGGAAGCCCCGUCUUCGUGGGGGGCAGCUAUGUGGAACCCAUGAGCAACUCCGGGCCAGCCAUCUUUGGCCUAACUCACCUCCCGCACGCCACCUCGGCUACUAUGGACUAUGGGGGAGCUGGCCCUCUAGGCAGUGGCCACCACCAUGGGCCAGGGCCUGGGGAGCCACACCCCACCUACACGGACCUUACAGCCCACCAUCCUUCUCAGGGAAGAAUUCAGGAAGCGCCCAAACUCACCCACCUGUGA